AUGGAGAACUCUCUCUACCAGACUGCAGCGCGUAUCUUACCUCUGGGUGCCGGUAAUGAAGUUGGCCGAUCUUGUGUUGUUGUGCGAUUUAGAGGGUCAACAGUGAUGUUUGAUUGCGGAGUGCAUCCUGCUCAUGGAGGCCUUUCUUCUUUACCUUUCUUUGAUCUUAUCGAUCCAGCUGAGAUAGAUGCUGUUCUAGUAACUCAUUUUCACUUGGACCAUGCUGGGGCUUUACCCUACUUUACUGAACGUACGUCCUUUACAGGCAAAGUUUACAUGACCCAUCCAACUAGAGCUAUCUUUAGAUGGCUUUUGAAUGACUAUGUUCGUGUUUCAAAUGCUUCAUCUAAAAAUGAUCUGUUCUCUGAGAAAGAGUUAGCCCAAUGCUACGAUAGAAUUAUUCCGGUAGAUUACGGCCAGGAAAUACGUCUUUCUUCUUCACUUACCUUUAUUGCUUACAAUGCUGGCCAUGUUUUAGGCGCAGCUAUGUUUUUAGUACGUACUGAUGAUUUAUCACUACUGUAUACUGGUGAUUACUCCCGGGAGGAAGACAGACACUUAAAGGCCGCGCAAGUACCACCCAGUCGAGUAGAUGUAAUUGUAGCUGAGUCAACUUAUGGUGUGCAGUGCCACCAGAGCAAAGAAGAGCGUGAAUCACGCUUUACAGCCGGUGUAGCUGAGAUUGUCAAACGAGGCGGCAAGUGUCUCUUACCCGUCUUUGCCUUAGGACGAGCACAAGAGUUACUGCUUAUUCUAGAUGAGUUCUGGGAAAGCAGACGGGACUUACAAGGCGUGCCUAUCUUUUAUGCUUCAGCUUUAGCCAAACGGUGUAUGGCUGUGUACCAGACUUACAUUAACAUGAUGAACGAUAAGAUUCAAGGCAUGGCUGAAAUUAGUAAUCCUUUUCACUUUAAGUACGUACAAAGUAUCCGUAAUGUAGAGGCCUAUGAAGAUAGAGGGCCUUGUGUAGUAAUGGCUUCACCAGGAAUGUUGCAACAUGGACUUUCACGUGACCUUUUUGAGCUUUGGUGUGGUGAUAAGCGUAAUGGCUGUAUUAUUGCGGGAUACUGUGUAGAGGGCACUUUAGCCAAAGAACUUCUUUGUGAGCCGGAAGAGGUACUCUCUUUGAAAGGACAUCGAAUUGCCGUACGGUCUUCCGUAGAUUAUGUUUCCUUUUCCGCGCACGUGGACUUCAUGCAGAAUGCUGAGUUUAUUGAAGGGUGCAAAGCCCCGGAGGUUGUACUGGUACAUGGGGAGAGUUCAGAAAUGGCACGUUUAAAGAGUGCUUUGGUCCAUCGGGCAGAGAUGCGGGCAGCCGAUAUGUCAGUGCAUACUCCACGGAAUGGCGAGUGGGUGGAAAUAAGAGGAUCUGGAGAAGUUGCCGCUCGACUUCUAGGUGAAACACCCCAGGAAGAACUAUCAGGGUUUGUGCAUGUAUCUGAAGAUGGCCAAGUACGAGUCGUGGCUCGUGAUGGUUUAGCCGAACUAGGCCUAUCAGAAAUGCGCGUUCAAGAACGAGUGACCGUACGUGGUGUCCUUUUUUCGGCCUUUGUAGCUCGAGCAGCUGCUGUAUUACCAGGCGUACCCCGCACAGAAGGCAAAGGCACACUUAGUUUUGCCGGUGUAACUGUAGCUGAAGGAAGUGCCGGAGUAUCGGUUCAGUGGGAGAGUAGUUUUGAAAGAGACAUUCUGGCCAACUGUUUAAUCAAAGCGGCCAGUGAUGCCGCCCAAGCCCGACCCCUAACAGUGGAAGCCCCAAAAAGACCCGCUCAAACAGCCGAGCCACUAGAAACACCCGAUGCAAGUGAACCAACCGCCCCAGCCAAGGCAGAUACACCCCGUGUGCCUAAACACUGUCUUGAAAGUGUAGCCCAAAUUCUAGCUAACUAUUACCAAACUGUCUAUGAGAAUGGCAAACUACAAAUUACUGAAGGCAAUAAGCAUAUAGUUCUUUCAUCAACCGGCAUUGAGGGCGACGCCGAUUUAGCCCAGCACGUCCAGGAUGUCUUUGACUCUGUUGCCUGGGCCGUUCGUGAUGAGGUCGAAGUCCAACCUUAA